GGGGCGGCACCCGGCCAGCUGAGGCUGCCCAGCAAAUCCGAGGCCUGGUUCGCGAUGCUGAGAUAUUUACGAGUGGGGCCAAAGGGGCAGAAAAGUAGGAGUUAGGGACUGCUCAGGUUCCUAGGGCCCUUUGUGCUCUGGAUAGCUUUAUCCUAAACAGGCUUCUAAGAGUUCGUCUGAAUGAAGGAGUGUGACUAAAAUGUUUGAAAACCUCUACAUGCCAUCUACCCAUGCCAAGCACAAUGCCCUCACAGAGAGUCAAUAAAUAUUUCGAUUGAGAUAUCUGCACAAGACUAGAAGAAAGCUUCACCACUUAUUCCUUGAGCAACAUUCAGUUAAUUCAUUAAGAAAUACAGAUAUUGAGCAUCUACUGUAUGCCUGGCAUCUUGCUGUGAGUUUCAGAUACAGAAAUCAGGUAUUUAAUCGACAGUUCGACAUGUUCAAUGCUAUGGUGUCCUGUGGGAGCACAGGGAAAGAGAUAAUCAAUUCUGCUUGGAGAAGUCGGGAGGCCUCACAGAUGAAGUGAGACCUCAGUGUCCUAGAUUUGGCUGGAAAAAUGUUAGGAUUAUCCUCUCAAUUGCUAUGGAGUAAGUGGAGUGGAAUAGACGGCAGAAAAAUUAUUGAACCCUGACCAAAAUUUCCCUGGGACCUAAGCAAUUCAUUGUCUGGUGAUCCUAAGGCCUACAUUAACUAGACAAACAAGACUGGAGUUUAAAGAUAAAUGGGCAUGUUAGCAUGGGACAAUUCUGCAAGAUAAUCCUAUCUUCUCAAUAGAGAUGGCAUUUGUCACCAACUUUGACAAGAGGUUUAGUUAGUUUGGUUGUAACUGCAAAUUCAGGGAUGGAUUCCCUCACAGGUCAUGUGAGCUGUUUGAAGGCAGGGGCAGCGUUUUAUCUUUGUAUCUUCCAUGCCUAUGGAUCACCUACGGCAAAUUAGUACCUAUAAAUUUGAUCGGAGGGAUGGAUAGAGAAAAUAAAAUCGAUUUUGUUACUGGCAUCCAUCACACCCACGAACACCAGAGGGCUUAAGAUACACUUUUUUUUUUUUUUUUUUGAGGGAAGUCUCGCUCUCCCCCAGGCUUGAGUGCAAUGGCUCGAUCUCGGUUCACUGCAACCUCUGCCUCCUGGGUUUAAACGAUUCUCCUGCCUCUGCCUCCCAAGUAGCUGGAUUCAGGCCCCUGCGACCACGCCCAGCUAAUUUUUGUAUUUUUUAGUAGAGACGGGGUUUGCCCAUGUUGGCCAGGCUGGUCUCGAACUCCUGACCUCAGGUGAUCCGCCCGCCUCGGCCUCCCAAAGUGCUGGGAUUAUAGGCGUGAGCCAUCGCGCCCGGCCAAGAUACACUUUUAAGGAUGACGAUCUCCAUUAUGUCACCACUGUACACAUUAGACACAGGAAAACUUAUGUUCUAAGUUGUCUUUGGAGGCCAUUAGCAGAAAUAUUCGUUCAAAGGUGGGAAGCUGUGCUGGACUGAGUCCCUUAGGAGACGAGAAAGCCAAAAAGCCCUCCCCAUGCCAUGCCUGACUACCUUACUGGCUUCCCAUGACAUCCCUUUUCACAGCAACUGAAAUCUACUUCCUGUCCUAUCAGGAAGUAAGAAAGACUUCGGCUGUUAGCGGCUCCCGCGGAGAAAUAACUGUAAAGAGUCUCCGUGCUGGAAACCUCCUCUAGCACUAGAACUCAAGAUCUCCUUUCCCCUACCUCUUCGGGAUUCAUCUUUAACUUAUCACGGAUACUGAGUGAGUCAGUCGCGGUUAACAGACCGUUACAUCCACUUCUACCAGGCGGACACUACAAGUCCCAGAAUACAAUUCGCUGCCUUCCGAAGAAAAUAGCUCACGCAUCCCAGCAUGCAAUGUGCUGACGAGCCGCGAAGAUUGUUUUUGUCCCGCCGAAAUAGAGCAAAGCUCGCUGGAACUUGUAGUCCUUGAUGCCCCUUCCCUAGGUCCUUCGAGCUACUCCGUCCGGCCCCGCCUAUUCUCUGCUCUUCUGAACCUUUAGGCUCGUCUCGGCCCAUUUGAAGACCAGGAAGUUGAUCAAUCCCGAGGCCGCUGAGAGACGGUGGCGCGAUUGGGACAGUCGCCAGGGAUGGCUGAGCGUGAAGAUGCAGCGGGUGUCCGGGCUGCUCUCCUGGACGCUGAGCAGAGUCCUGUGGCUCUCCGGCCUCUCUGAGCCGGGAGCUGCCCGGCAGCCCCGGAUCAUGGAAGAGAAAGCGCUAGAGGUUUAUGAUUUGAUUAGAACUAUCCGGGACCCAGAAAAGCCCAAUACUUUAGAAGAACUGGAAGUGGUCUCGGAAAGUUGUGUGGAAGUUCAGGAGAUAAAUGAAGAAGAAUAUCUGGUUACUAUCAGGUUCACGCCAACAGUACCUCAUUGCUCUUUGGCGACUCUUAUUGGGCUGUGCUUAAGAGUAAAACUUCAGCGAUGUUUACCAUUUAAACAUAAGUUGGAAAUCUACAUUUCUGAAGGAACCCACUCAACAGAAGAAGACAAAUCAGAGAUCUGAGAACCAAAAGGAACCCUUAAGAUUGGGCCUACCUUCCUUCCAAGGAGAGUCCUGGACCCCUUCAUAGAUAAGGAACAAAUGUGGAGAAGGCUAGAUGGCAUACACAAUUUUGAAGAUCAAGAAGUCCACCAAAGAAGUUUUGAUUAAACCAACCUAAACGUAUGGUCCGCACUUUAUCUGUACUUCAUUUUGUUUGUUUUAGGGGUUAUGGUCAUGUGAAGUAUAGUUGCCUCCAACAUGGCCCCCAUGAUCCUCACUUCCUGGUAUUCAUGCCCUUGUAUAGUUAACUUCCAUAUUGAAUUGAAGCUGAUGGGUGUACUAAUAAAGAAUGGCAGAGUGACAGUGGGUGACUUCUGAGGCUAGAUCAUAAAAGGUAUUGCUGUUUUCACCUUAGGCUCUUGGAUUGCUCAUUGUGUAGGAAUCCAGCUGCUAUGUCACGAGAACUCAAGCCACCCUGUGGAGAAUUCCACACGGAGUGCAACUGAGUCCUCCCAACAACAACCAGCGCCAAUUUGCAAACCAUGUGAGUGAACUCCUGAGCCAGAACUGCCUAGCUCCCAAAGUCUGGACCCAGGCACUGUCUUGGGUGCCAAGGACACAAAGAUAAAUCAGCCAUUGUCUGUCCUCCUGGAGUUCAUACUUAUCAACCUGGACCUUCAGCUUCUCUCUGCUCCAGGCAGUGAGUGAUUCAGGCUCAGUCUUAUCUAGUGCCUGAGCUAGUCCUGGCCAAGUAGAAACAGAAGCUAGGCAGCAGGUCCAAAGACAAAACCAUGCCUUAGGGACUGUCUGGUGAGGACGCUACUGACAUGCAACUCCAAGUGGAUCGUUGCUACAGGAGUCACCUGAACUGCUGGCCCUGCUACUCCUGGAAGCUAGAUGUGACUUCUGUUGUCUCUGCUACUGCCAGAGUGAUUUCUCAUUUUUGUGUGACUCACUCUGGCUUCCUAGUCCUAGCUGAGAUCUCUAGUCGGCUGAUCUCAAGUCACAUGUCCAUGUCCUGGCUGCCAAGGAGGCAGGAGAAAAGAAAAUCUGACCUUUGGUAUGGGGAGGUGGACUCUGUCCCCCUAGCAAGACUCACAUGGUGGGAAUUCUAUAGUAGAGUGAGAGGGGUCAAAAAACUAACAUCUACUGCAUUAAUUAUAUUAGAAAAUGAAUUUAAACUUUAUUAAUCAUAAUGGUAUCUACAUAGAAGUGAAAAAUAGAGGUACAUAUAUAGUCAGAAGUAGUGUUAUCUAGUCCAUGUUUGGCAAGGGUUAGGAAACGUUUUUGGAAAAGGGCCACAUAGGCAAUAUUUUAGGCUUUUCAAGCCAUAUGCUCUGCUGUAACUAUUCAACUCUGCCCUUGUAGCACAAAAGCAGCUGAUAGUCUGUAAACAAAUAAGCAUGAUUGCACUCCAAGAAAACUUUAUGGACACAAAUUUGAAUUUCAUAUAAUUUUCAUGUGUCAUGAAUUACUAUUUUCCUUUUUAAUUUUUUCAACCGUUUAAAAAUAUAAAAACCAUCUUAGCUUGUGGGUUGUACAAAAUUCCAGCUUUGGGCUGGAUUUGGCCUGUGUGCCAUUAGCAAACUCCUGAUUUACAAGAAUGACUAUCCUUUCUGAAAAGUCAGACCAAUUGGAAAGUCAGAUAAAAGAUGUGGAAUGGGCCCUCUCCCUAGGGGGAAAAAGGCACUCACAUGAAACUUUGCAUGUGACUCCAGGACAUUCACAGACUUGCUGAGGAGCCAGCGGACCCCGGGUUAAUAACUCUGCUUUACAAGUAAUGCUAGCUGAGCAUUGGGCUUCCCCCUCCUUUAAUAACCCCUCAGAGCCCUGAGGGUUCACAACUUUGGCUGAGAGUAUAGGGGUAGAAAGGUGUGAUACCUUUCCUCACCCAUCAUAAAGGUCAUGGCCAACACCCCCAUGACAAAAGACAGGGUAACAACAGAAAAGCAUAACAAAUGUGGUCAAUCCAAGUUUUAUGUGACACAGCAGGCUUCAGAUAGGAAGAAUCCAAAGACCCAGGGAAAACUCUUAUUUUUCUGCUUAGGUUUGAUGAAGAGUGGACAAUUGUGUAGAAAUGUGAUUGGACAAAAAGAGUGCAGUCUAAUGGUAAUGGACUAAGUGGGGAAACCCAGCAAGGCCUAUCUCUUCAGAUUCUUCUUGGCCUUUCUGUGUAGCAUUCCUUCCUCCUAGGUAUGGGGCAGUCUUAUGACCUACUGUUAGAUAAGGUAGGUCAGAGAAUUUCUUUAUGGCCAGCUCAUGCACAGAAAGGCGGGGGAAAGUUAGAGUAAUAUUUCUAGGUUUUAUGGCUUGCUUUUUGUUGUUGUUGUUACUGUUUUUGUUUUUGAGAUGGUCUUGCUCUGUUGCCCAGGCUGGAGUGCAGUGGCACAAUCACGGCUCACUGCAGCCUCAAGCUCUCAGGCUCAAGUGAUCCUCCCACCCCAACUUCCCAAGUAGCUGGGACCACAGGUGCACGCCACUAUGCCCAGCUAAUUUUUUUUUUUUUGUAUUUUUUUGUAGAGAUGGGAUUUUGCCAUGUUUCCCAGACUGGUAUGGUUUGCUUUGAAAAGAGGUUCUGGUUUCUAUUACCUCCCUUGGGGAGGAGAGAUUCUGUUUUCUAUGACUCCCUUUGGAGGAGGAAGGGGCAGGAGACAGGAGGGCAGGAUAUGGUCAGAGAGAGUCUUUGCUUUUGAGGCUGCUUCUGAGGCUUUCUAUUCUCCUUUAAUUCCCAGCACACCAAGGAGCCAUAUUUUGGGUUAUUGCUUUCUGAGCCCCAGUAGGAGCCACUACCUUCUUGUUUUUGUUUUUGAGACAGGGUCUCUCUCUGUUGCCCUUGCUGGAGUGCAAAGGCACCAUCAGGGCUCACUGCAGCCUCAAACUACUGGGCUCAAGCAAUUGUCCCACCUCAGCCUCCCAAGAAGCUGGGACUACAGAUGAGAGCUACCACGCUCAACUAAUUAUUUAUCCACUACUUUCUUAGACCGUUACAAAUAAGAAGCUUAUGGCCGGGCAUGGUGGCUUAGGCUGAGUGCGGCAGCUCACACCUGUAAUCCAAGCACUUUGGGAGCCGAGGCGGGUGGAUCACGAGGUCAGGAGUUCAAGACCAGCCUGGCCAAGAUGGUGAAACCCCAUCUCUACUAAAAAUACAAAAAUUAGCUGGACAUGGUGGCACGUGCCUGUAAUCCCAGCUACUCAGGAGGCUGAGGCAGAGAAUUGCUUAAACCUGGGGGGCGGAAGUUGAAGUGAGCCAAGAUUGCGCCACUGCACUCCAGCCUUGGCAACAGAGCGAGACGCUGUCUCAAAAAAAAAAAGGAAGAAAAAAAGAAAGGAAAAAAAAAGCAGCUUUCCCAGCUCCACCAUGAAGCAACUGCUACCAAAACUGCAGAUGUGUCCAGCAGGACAUAAUUAACUGUAGUUAGUGGCGGACAGUUUACUAGGAAGGGGAAGGAUUGCUAUAAAAGUCUCAUUGCACUCAUAUCCCAGGUGGUUUUCCGCAUGUGUUAAUACCAUGGUAGAAAACAAGCCAGUGAACUGUCGGGGUUCAAACUCAUUACUGAUGCACCACUACUGUUAAUACUCUUUUUUUGUUUUCUGGGACAUGGUCUCACUCUGUCACUGGGGCUGGAGUACAGUGACACAAUCAUGGCUCUAUCUCCCAGGCUCAAGCUAUCCACCCACCCCAGCCUCCCGGUUAGCUGGGACUACAGAUGCAUGCCACCAAAGCUGGCUAAUUUUUAAAUUUCUUGUAGAGAUGAGGUCUCACUAUAUUGCCUAGGGAGUCUCAUACUCCUGGGCUCAAGCGAUCCUCCCACUUCGGUCUCCCAAAGUGCUGGGAUUAAAGGCAUGAGUCACUGCGCUCAGCCACGUUAUUUCUGAUAUCUUUUUGUAUAUAUGAAAUACAAGUAAAGAUUUUUCCAAAAAACUCCAUUGGAUUUAGCCUGAACUGGUGGUUGUCCAUGACUCAGGUUAGACUGCCUAUAGGGCAUGAGCGAACCCAGUUCUGGUAUGGACUUAUUUGGGGCAGAUGUACUGGAUGUGGAGAGGAUGUUGCUGUAUGGGCUGUCAGCUUCUCUCCAAGUGCUGUUAGCACCACACAGACCCUGUAUUCUCUUCACAAAGGAUGUGGUCAAGAGCACAGACACUGGUGCCAAACUGCCAUCUUGUUCUAAUUCAAUACUCAGUCACUUAGUAGCUGUGUGACUUUGGGCAAGUUACCUAGCUUCUCUGUAUUUUAGUUCCCUCAUUUGUAAAAUGGGGAUGAUAAAAUUACCUAUUUCAUGGGGCCCUUAUGAGGACUUAAAAAAGGGAAUGCUUGUAAAGUGCUGAGCACAAUGCCUGGAACCUAGUAAAUGCUUUAUUAGGGUUUGUUAAAAAUAGAGAAGGCCAGAUGCAGUGACUCAUGCCUGUGAUCCCAACAUUUGGGAGGCCAAGGUGGGCGGAUGGCUAGAGCUCAAGAGUUUGAGACCAGCCUAGGCAACAUAGCAGGACCCUGUCUGUACAAAAAAUCAAAAAAUUAGCAUGGCGUGGUGGUGUACACCUGUAGUUCCAGCUACUUGGGGGGCUGAGAUGGGAGGAUCGCUUGAGGCCAGGAUAUUGAGACUGCAGUGAACCCUGAUUGUGCCACUGCACUCCCUCCUGGGUGACAGAGCGAGACCCCCAUCUUCCGGGGUAGGGGAGAAUAGAGGAAAGGGCUGCUUGGUGCUAACUUGGAGAGUUUUUCCUCUGGGGUGGGUGCGAUUACCUGGGAGAACACCAGAUGGCAGCAAAGCAUUAUUUCUUAGUGAUAGAGCAUACCCACUUUGCAUCAGCUGCCCUGGGUUUUCCCAAAGGCCCUAAGGGCACACUCACUCCCCCUCUAACCCGGCCGCGCUAAAUGGUACCAGACCACCAUGGACUCAUUGCAGCCUGCGCCUUUGUUCUGACCGGAGUGAUUAUCACCGAAGACUUUUUUUUUUUUUUGAGAGGGAGUCUUGCUCUGUCACCCAGGCUGGAGUGCAGUGGUGUGAUCUCAGCCCACUGCAACCUUCACCUCCCAGGUUCAACCGAUUCUCCUGCCUCAGCCUCCUGAGUAGCUGGGAUCACAGGUUCAUGCCACCACAUCCGGCUAAUUUUUUGUAUUUUUAGCAGAGACGGGGUUUCACCAUGUUAGCCAGGAUGGCCUCCAUCUCCUGACCUAAUGAUCUGCCCGCCUGGGCCUCUCAAAGUGCUGGGAUUACAGGUGUGAGCCUCCCUGCAUGGCCAAUCACUGAAGACUUUCUUAGAUGUGGAACUCUUUGCCAAAGAUUAUGAAUGAUUUUGAGGCUUUGAUACAUAUUGUUGAAUUGGCCUCUGGAGAAAUUGUACCAAUUGAUACCCAACCAAGAGUGGGGUAGGUGUUCCUGUGCUACGCUAAUAUUGGGUAUUAUUAUUUAAAAAAAUAUUUGCCCAAGGUGGAGGAUUUUAAAAAGGUUUUUCAUUAGCAUCUAUUUGUAAGGUUAAACAUGUAGAAUUUUUUUUUUUUUUUUUUUUUUUUUUGAGAUAAGAGUCUUGCUCUGUCAUCCAGGCUGGAGUGCGGUGGUGCUUUCAUACUCACUGCAGCCUCAAACUCCUAGGCUCAAGCAAUCCUCCAGCUUCAGCCUCCCAAAGCGCUGGGAUAGCAGGUGUGAGCCACUGUGCCUGGCCUCUACUGGAAUGUUCAUGUUUUAAAAAGCUAAUUAUACAAUACAAAUAUUAGCAUUUUCUGUCACAUAUACUGCAAAUAUAUUUCCUAUUUUCUUGUUGUGUGAACAUGUUUGACCCUAUUCAGGUUUUUUGUUUGUUUAAGAUACCAGGAUCUCGCUCUGUUGCCCAGGCUGGGGUGCAGUGGCAAGAUAAUAGCUCACUGCAGCCUCUAACUCUUGGGCUCAAGCAAUCCUCCUGUCUCAGCCUCCUGACUAGCUGGGACUACAGGUGCAAGCCACCACACCCAGCUAAUUUUUGUGUGUUUGUUUUUUGUAGAGAUCAGGUCUUGCUAUGUUGCCCACGCUGGUCUUGAACUCCAGGGCUCAAGUGGUUCUCCCAUUUCAGCCUCCCAAGUAGCUGAGAUUUUUAUAUUUUUAUUCAUUUCUUUCUUUUUUUUUUUGAGAUGGAGUCUUGCUCUGUCGCCCAGGCUGGAAUGCAGUGGUGCAAUCUCCACUAACUGCAAUAUUCGCCUCCUGGGUUCAAGCAAUUCUCCUGCUUCAGCCUCCCAAGUAGCUGGGAUGACAGCUGCGUGCCACCAUGCCUGGCUUUUAUUCAGUUUUUGAAUGAGUAAUACCACAGGUAUCAAAAAGCAUUCAGCAUCAAAAAGCAUUCAAAGGUAUACAGUGAAAAGACUCCUUCCCGAUUUAGUUCACAUCCUUUUCCAGUAGGUUUCAUGAUUAAUCACUCUUUACUUGUAGCUUCAGAGUUUUUUAUGCCUGUAAAAGCCAGUACAAACACAUAUGCCCCUUUUUUGCUUACAUUUUAGCAUAUGUUGUGUUAGAGUGCAGUGGCGCAAUCACCAGGCUCAAGCAAUCCCCCCACCUCAGCCUCCCAAGUAGCUGGGACUACAGGCAUGGGCCACCAUGCCUGGCUAAUUUUUACAUUUUUUGUAGAGGCAGGGUUUUGCUGUGUUGUCCAGACUCUUAAACUUCUGGCCUCAAACAAUCCUCCUGCCUCAGCCUCCCAAAGUGUUGGGAUUACUGGUAUGAGCCACCAUGCCUAUCCAGUUUGUCCUUUUUUACUUUUUCUCUUUUUUAAUUGCCAUAAAUGUACUUCUAUGGGAUUUAAUUUGUCAUUCCUUAAUUUUAUGUAUCCUGGAUUUUUUUGGUCAUAAUUAGAAAGGUCUUUCCUUCUCCUAGGGGAAUAUUUUUCCUAUCCUUCCCUUUAAUAGUUUUAUGAUUUUAUUUUUAAACAUUUCAAUCUUUGAGCCAUUUGGAAUUUACACUGGCAUAAAUACUCAGUAUAAUUUACUAAAUACUCAGUAUAAAUUCUCAGUACAGACUACUGAGAAUUUAUACUGGUAUAAAUACUGAACCAACUCAGUUUUGUAUCCAGAUGACUAGUUAUUGUCUUGACAUCACUUAUUGAAUAGUUUAUCUUAUCCAUGACCAUUAUUUUCACACCCUACGUUAUGAAUCAUAUGAUGAUCACAGCAUUAUUUUUUAUCACGAAAAAUGUGCAACUUAAUGACUAACAAUAUGUAAGGCAUUAAAUAAUUGAUACUACACUUAUUUAAUGGAAUCUUGAUGUUUUCAAAGACUCUUUAAUUACAUGGGAAAUUCUCAAGACAAAAUUAAGACAGAAAGUCAAGAUACAAAAUAAUAUAUGCCAAGUGAUCCCAAUUAAAAACAAGAGUGCAUUUAUGUAUAAAAAUAG